UACGGCGGAUUGGGCUGAAAGAGUGGAGUCCGAACCGUAUUCCACUAGUCACCUGUGAAUGUUUGGACGAGCAACAUCGAAGUGCUCAAAUCGUCUUAACACCGAAUUCCAAAGUGUCUGUUUUUUCAAUUUUUCAAAUUCCCCCUUCGUGUAUUGUUCUUUUUCGCGUUCUCAGUCAUUUUGAGAACAAUAUAAGACGAAACUGAGACUUUUUAUUGUCUCAUUUUGAACAAUAACAACAGUUUUUUUUUGUAUAUUUUCCGCCGUUUUUUUUUCAUGAGCAUUUCGGGUGUUCAAAAAACGAAAAAACGAGUGAGAAGUAUUCUUUUCCUAUUGCAGUUAUAAUCCGAAGAACGUGUGCCGAAGGAGCAAGUAGACCAAGAUAUUUUUCUUAGAUUUUUGUUUUAACUUGUGUAAAAAUCCGCAUGCAAGAGUGAAUCAUCGGGAAUUUUAGUAGUCGUUAAACUGUAACCAAUCUUGAAAAGUGCCGUUAAAAGGUGCAAAAAUUCCACGGAUUUCAGUGCACAAAGGUUGAUUGUGAAUCUGAGUACAUUGAAUCCAGAGAGAAUAAUUUAAAAUCAACUUCAUCAAUUGAUUGAUUGAUUCAGUGCAGUGCCAGUGUACUAUUUAAUUGGAAUCCACUACAAAAUUCGGCUUUUAAAAUUGAUAAUCCUUCAUUUGUCACCUGACAGUUGAAGAGAUAUCUUGUUUAUGUUUACUGGAAAAUCUUCAAAAAAAAAAAAAUAAAAAUAAAAUUAUAAUAAAGAAAAAGCUGAUAUACAGCAAGUUGUAUCAAUAAACUGGGCCACCAAACUGUUUUCUAUAUGUAGGACAUACACGAAAAAUCUUCAUUAUCUUCCCAUCUUUUGCUGAACAGUGAAUUUUGAAGCUAAGAGAUUACAAAAUGCGUGGUCUGAGUGUUCUAUUUUCAACAUUAAUAUUUGUGAAUUCAACAAUAGCACAAUGUCCAUGGCAGAAAGAUAUACCAGAUUUGCAAACAUCCUGUCUAUGUGCCUACAACUUAGGUCAUGAACUCUCUGUGCAAUGUGACCAGGUUGAUUUUGCUAUAUUAGUGGAUGCCUUAAAUAAAUACGCCAAAGCAAAACCCAUUGAUUUACUCUAUGUGAAUAAUUCAACAAUAGAAUCUUUAGAGCAUAAUGUAUUUGCCAAUUUGCGAUUGCACAACAUGCAAUUGAGUAGCUGUAAGAUAAGAAGCAUCAAGGAUGGAGCUUUUAGUGGGCAGGAGCAGGUGCUGAAAAAUCUCAAUUUACAGGACAAUUUACUCACGGAAGUUCCUAUGAAGGCAUUGAAAGUUCUUGCAAUAUUAAAUUUACUGGAUUUAUCCAAAAAUCACUUAACCCUUAUACCAGACGAUGCCUUCAAUGGUAUGACCAAAUUAUCAACACUCAAACUGAGUGACAAUAAUGUAACUCUGGCAGCUAAUGCCUUUCGUGGUGUCGAAACAACUCUAAAGAAUUUAAAUUUAAAAGGUACACGACAGAAGCGUGUACCCGAUGCUGUACGUGGCCUGAAGAGUCUGGCAUUUUUAGACCUAUCACAAAAUGGUAUACGUGAACUACCAGGAAUUGGUGGUGUGAGAACCUUUGAGGGCCUAGACUCACUCACUGCCCUCAAUCUAGAACGAAAUCUCAUCCAAAAUCUUGGAGAGACAGCUUUUAUGGGUAUACGUCGAACACUGAGUUCUCUCAGUCUUCUUAACAAUCUCCUACCAGAAUUUCCCGUUGGUGCCAUACACUCCCUCAAGGAAUUGCGCGUCCUCGACAUUGGUUUCAAUCUACUCACACAACUGCCCGAGACAGCAUUCCGUGGGAAUCCCACCAUUACACUCUUGGCACUCGAUGGAAAUCCACUGCCCACAGUACCAGAAAAAGCACUUGCCCACUUAAAUAAAACCCUCCGUGGCUUAUCACUUGGAGGACGCUUCUUACACUGUGACUGCAAAAUUCGAUGGGUUGCCGAGUGGAUAAGAAAUGGAGAUUUACAGGUGACAUCGAGGGAGAGAAAUCCCCAAUUUUGUGGUACCCCAAAUCGCUUCAGGGAUCGUGGUUUCUAUUCAAUUCAACCAGACGAGCUAACUUGUCCGGAAUCGGAGAUAGAUCUCAAUGGUCCAAUUGGUGUUGUUGACUCUCUUGUGCCAAAGCUCACCGAAUCAUCCAUAUCAUCAACACCAUCAGGAAAUAUUGAGAGUACAACAAAUAUUAAUCCACUCACCACCUCAUCCUCAGGCAGUAGUUCUGUGAUCAGUAGUUCAAGUUCUCCAGCACCAACGACAACUGGAGGGACAACCACAAAAAGCACAACACUUCAUCCGAACAAAGCAACCGCAAAUAGAAACUCGCCAAAUUGGCGCCAACAGAAUUCAUCGGCACACAAGCAGCGACCACCCUUGGUUCUUGGAUUUCCGCCACAGCGUGGAACCAAAAUUGACGAUUCAAAUGAGGUUCAAGUGAAAAAUGCCUUCAGGCAAGACAGCUCCGUGAUUAUUCAAUGGGAUUCAGACACAGCGAAUAUUUUGGGCUUUCGUGUUGUAUAUCGUCUCUUUGGGGACAAAAGUUUUAAACAGGGACCACCACUAGAGGCUAGCGAGCGUGAAUUUAAGAUAAAGAAUGUCCCCUCGCAGGAAUGCAUUGUGGUAUGUGUUAUAUCAUUGGAAGAGAUCAAUGUAACACCGGAAAAUGUGCCUUACACACAAUGCCGGGAAGUGAGAACUGUUUCAUCACAAACAUCCAAUAUGGAUAAAAUCACAAUUGCGGCAAGUGCAGCAAUCUGUGGUACUAUAAUUGUGGCAGUAAUUGUCUUCAUAGCGGCUAGCAGACGCCGAUCACGGAAACUCCAGUCGCUCCACUCCACGCAAAAGAGCCCGUUACCCAUCGCUGGACUCCCGGUUAAUUGCUGCGGACCUACAGCGAGUCCAGGCGGACCUCUAGGCUCAAUCGCCACACUGUCUGCCUUCAAUAAUCACAAGGAUUGGGAUCAAGUAUCAGCUUACAGUGGUCGUUCAAUACCUCGACCACGCAUCUAUCCACUGGAAAAUCCAAGUAUAGCGGACGAUUUACGGAGUCACGUCUCGCACUUUUCCGCCCUCGGAGCUAAUCCCAAAGUCGGCAAAGCACGCUCCAUUGCAGAUGGACAGUCACAGCAUAGUUUCUCCAACCAUUCACACCGGGGUUACCUCGGGUCGGCAUUUCCCACGAAUCUGGUUAAUUCACGACCAGAACUUCGUCAGUCGAGGCAAUCAUUGGCAGCAGCAUCCGAUCGAAUGUCUCGAGCCUCAUACGCGGCAUCAGUGCACGGUAUUGCUCACAGCGUGGCGUCCAGCACAAGACGCACUAGACCACGGUCAAGAUCGCGUGAACAACUCAACGGCACCCACAUACACUCCCAUCGACCCGGAAGCCGAUACUCAACGGCUGGCUCCACGCAUACCUUAAACAAUUACUGUGACACAUCUGACAACUGGACCGAUCAUGAUAUGGAUAUAUAUAUGGCAAGAAACCCAACAACAAGAAAUGGAUUGGUGCCAUUAUGAGGAAGGCUUUUGGUUUCCUGAUACUUUGACAUCAUCUACGAUUGGCAUGAAAUAUUUUGACCAUUCACCAUUGCAGAUGAUAUUAGAGUAUCUUUUGUGUUUUGUUCUCUAACUUCUAAACAAACUAUCGAACAUUCCAUCGACAUUGAGAGAGAGAGGAAUCAAACAGAAAGUCAAAUACUAGGAUGUUAAUAUCAUUAAGCAACAAUCAAAGUCGUACGUGUGAGGCAAUCCCUUGAGAUUUUCUUUAAUGCUUUAAUUAUUUUAAUUAGUGUCUUUGCUUUUUGAUAAAUUAAUUCAUAAUUUUUCAGGCUAAUUUCAAAGGUAGUUCAUUUGAAAAUAAUUCAAUACACGAGCAAAGCUAUUAACAUUUUGACAGAAAUAAUUUAUAUUUUCACUAAUUUUACAGUAACAGAAUAAUUUUGAAAAAUUCUUUCAAAGCACAUAUAGAAUGAAUAUUAAAGCAGAAGAGUCAUCUGAUGGGAAUCUCUUACACAUUACAAUCUUCAUGUUUCAUUUAGAUAAUUCAUCUUCAUUUUAGUUUAAAAAGAAAAUAAUAAAAAAAACCUAUUUAAACUCAUUAAAUCCACUAUUCUUUGUAUGAAAAACAUUAUAAUUUGUUUUCUUCUCAUUCUUUAUACGUUUUGUGGUAAUGUAUACUUUUUUUUUCCAAUGAACAAAGAUGAAGAAAACAGAAACAUAUUAAGAUAAGACUAGAAUAUAAAUAAUUUAAAAAAAAAACACAUAAAUAAUAAAUGAAAACAAUAUGAAAAUUGAUUAAUCAAAGUUAACGAGAGUAAAACGGUUAACAAACUCAUGUUUAUGAAAGUUAACAGUUUAUUUUUUUGAUUUAUUUUUUUUUGUAAAGACGCGCCUAACGAAGACACUGAAUGAAAAAUAAAAAUUGAAAAUGUAUGAAAGUAAUUAAAAAUAUAUUAAACCUGUAAAUAUGUUGAUAUUAUAAAUAUGAAUGAUGCAGAAGAAAAAAAAUACGAAAGAAAAAAAAACAUUUAGUGCUAAAGUCAUCAAAAGAUAUUCGACCCAGUAAAACAGAAAAUAAUUAUAGUUAAGCAUUGAUAUAUAAAUGGAAGAUAAAAUUUUUAGUUGAAUAAUUGAAAAUCUUAUGAAGAAAGAAAAAAAACAACAUAGCAUGUACAUAAAUAGAAUAUUAAAGUAAGAUCAUUUUUCGGUUAAACUUUUUCAAGCGAAAGCAAUUUGCUGCAACUCAUUGAGUUCUAAAGUAUUUUUAAAAAUAUACCAAAUGCUAGAGAGCUCAUCAAAAUUUGUGACUCUCACAUUUGAAAAAAGCGUACACAGUUGAUAGUUAACGAAAUUAGUAAUAAGAAGAAAAAAAACAUGAAACUGAAAAAAUAUGUAAACAAAAAUUUAUAGUGUAAAAUGUUUAAAAAAAAAAUAAUAGAUAAACAUACAAAAAACCAUAGAGGGAUCAAUAUUGUAUAAAAAGAUAUUUGCAAAAAAUUGUUAAAAAUAUUCAUGUAAAAAAGAGACAUUAGAAAAUAUUUUUUAGACAUUUCCAAAAAAAAGAAAAAAACAAAUCUGAGAUAGAGCAAAAUUGUAUAUCGUCAAAUUCAAAAAACAAAAAAAAUAAAAAAUAAAAAGUGAACCACGUAGUCAAACAUUAAAAAAAAAACAUUUUAAAAAAUCACUCCCCACUGCCUUAUCAUUAUAUUAUUAUGUAAUUUUUAUGAAUUUACGUUGAUAUGCGAAAAAACAAGGAUAUCUAAAGGACUUUAUCGCUAAAAUUUAAAAGAAAAAUACACAGCGAGAUGAAAAAUGUAAAAGAAAAAUUUAAAAAAAAACUAGAAAAAAAUAUUACUAAAAAAAAUAUGUGUGUCAUUUAUAGCCAAUUUAUUUAUGUAAAUGGAAUCUCCCCCAUUACAAUACGAUAUCUCCCAGAAAGACUGGAAGCAGCACUAACUUGGAGCAAAAAAGACAUCCUGAAUAGUCAUUUGGCAGAGAAUGAUAGAAUGAAAUGAACUUAUUAGUCUGCAUUUUCAAUUAAAACAUCAUUGAAUCAUAACACAAGUAUCAUAUAAAAUAUAACAUAUAAUGGAGAGAAUAUUAAAAUAUCAAUCAAUAUUAUAUGACAUAUAGAAAACUUACUUAUAUAUUGAGCGAAUGGGGCUAGAGAGUACGAAUAUUAUUAAUUUUAGGUGCUAAAAUUUUUGAAUGAUGAUUGUUCAGCACUUGUUGGCAAAUGUGUGAGUUUUAGUAGACAGAAAUAAAGGAAAAUUGAUU